GCCUCCCAAGUAGCUGAGACUACAGGCACAUGCCACUACACCCAACUAACUUUUGUAUUUUUGGUAGAGACGGGGUUUCACCAUGUUGGCCAGGCUGGUCUCAAACUGCUGACAUCAAGCGAUCCGCUCCCCUCAGCCUCCCAAAGUGCUGGGAUUACCGGUAUGAACCACCACAACCCGCCAGGAAUUUUUAGUUUUUAGCUUUUGCAGGAGACUUCAAGGAAGGGAGAUGUUCCUCUGUCCAGGAAACGGGGAAGGGGACCAUUUCUGCAUUGCUGGUUUCCCCUCUUGGCAGGGUGGGCAUGAGGCAUCACUGUUCCUGCUCCCUCACUCCUGCUCCUCAUGCUCAGCCUGCCUAGCUCGGCCUCAACUUUGUGUAUCUAAAGUGGAACUGAAUAGUAGGCUGUGAGAAGGUAGGAAAGAGGUGGUGCCAAUCUCUUUGCCCAGAUCGUAAAUCCAGACUCAGCAGGGUAACCACAUGGGCAAGCACAAGGCAGGUGCUUGGGGAAAGGGGAAGUAAUUGGCAUUCUGUGUGAUACCAAGGAGACCAUUUGGAUUUUGGCUUCUACCAAAGAGAAUGGAGAAUUGGUUGACCUAAAUGGAACCAAUCCCUUUAAGUAAGGGGAGGAAAGGGGGUGCUGGAAGAUGGCCCUCUUCCCACAACCUAGAUCAUAGCUUGAACUGAAGCCAAGGACAGAGUGCUGCCCCCUUCGGCAUUUACCGACGUGCCCUCUUUAAAUCAUGAUGUUAUCUAACCCAAACCCAGACCCAGGACCUAGUCACAGCUCCAACCUACACUUCCUAUUAAUCUUAAAAAAAACAAAAAACAAAAAACAAAAAACAAAACAAAAAAAACACAAAGAUAUCAGCAUUGUAGCCUCUCAAUCUGAGCCCAUUUCCCUUCUCUGGCUACCAUACCUCCUUCUCCUAUAUGAUACCAUUCACUACUUUGUUCAAUUCUCCAGUCUAGACCUGCAUCUUGAGGCCACACCCAGCCUUCUCACUCCCCACACCCCUCUUUUCUCUCUCACUGCUCCUUCCUGGUCUCUUCUCUUCUGGCCCCACCUCUGAGGAGUCCUCCUGCCUUCUGGGUUGCCCUGGAACACAGACUAUCCCCCCUCCUAGUGAAGGGAGUGGGUAGGGGUUUCAGCCCCACCCUCAGGAAGAUGCGUCUUCCCUGUCCUCUGCUCUGUGGUUCUUCCUCUCUGGCUGAUUUAGCAAACAGCACCUAGACCUGGGGCCAGGCCCUUGGCAGUGGGACAGAUCCAGGGAUAGGCUACGCCACCCUGCCCUGACCCUGGGAUUGGCAUCAGCUUCCAACCAGUUCCUGCCACAGCUUGUAAGUCCUCCCGACGGCCAUGAAAAAUAUAUCUUCUGCAGCAGCCCCCUCACUAGGUGUAGAGUUCAUCUCUCUGCUGGCUAUCAUCCUGCUGUCAGUGGCGCUGGCUGUGGGGCUUCCCGGCAACAGCUUUGUGGUGUGGAGUAUCCUGAAAAGGAUGCAGAAGCGCUCCGUCACUGCCCUGAUGGUGCUGAACCUGGCCCUGGCCGACCUGGCCGUAUUGCUCACUGCUCCCUUUUUCCUUCACUUCCUGGCCCAAGGCACCUGGAGUUUUGGACUGGCUGGUUGUCGCCUGUGUCACUAUGUCUGCGGAGUCAGCAUGUACGCCAGCGUCCUGCUUAUCACGGCCAUGAGUCUAGACCGCUCACUGGCCGUGGCCCGCCCCUUUGUGUCCCAGAAGCUGCGCACCAAGGCGAUGGCCCGGCGGGUGCUGGCAGGCAUCUGGGUGUUGUCCUUUCUGCUGGCCACACCUGUCCUCGUGUACCGCACAGCAGUGGCCUCGAAAACGAACAUGAGCCUGUGCUUCCCGAAGUACCCCAGCGAAAGGCACCGGGCCUUCCAUCUAAUCUUCGAGGCCGUCACGGGCUUCCUGCUGCCCUUCCUGGCUGUGGUGGCCAGCUACUCGGACAUAGGGCGUCGGCUACAGGCCCGGCGCUUCCGCCGCAGCCGCCGCACCGGCCGCCUGGUGGUGCUCAUCAUCCUGACCUUCGCCGCCUUCUGGCUGCCCUACCACGUGGUGAACCUGGCUGAGGCAGGCCAAGCGCUGGCCGGCCAGGCCGCCGGGUUCGGGCUCGUGGGGAAGCGGCUGAACCUGGCCCGCAACGUGCUCAUCGCGCUCGCUUUCCUGAGCAGCAGCGUGAACCCCGUGCUGUACGCGUGCGCUGGCGGCGGCCUGCUGCGCUCGGCGGGUGUGGGCUUCGUCGCCAAGCUGCUGGAGGGCACGGGCUCCGAGGCGUCCAGCACGCGCCGCGGGGGCAGCCUGGGCCAGACCGCUAGGAGCGGCCCGGCAGCUCUGGAGGCCGGCCCUUCCGAGAGCCUCACUGCCUCCAACCCUCUCGAGUUAAAAGAACUGAACUAGGCCUGGCGGAAGGAGGCGCACUUUCCUCCUGGCAGAAUGCUAGCCCUGAGCCAGUUCCGUACCUGGAGGAGGAGCAGGGGCGUGGAGGGCGUGGGAGCGUGGGAGGCGGGAGUGGAGUGGAAGAAGAGGGAGAGGUGGAGCAAAGUGAGGGCCGAGUGAGAGCGUGCUCCAGCCUGGCUCCCACAGGCAGCUUUAACCAUUAAAACUGAAGUCUGAAAUUUGGUCAGCCUUGUGAGUGGGGUACGUGUGCUGUGGGUAUCGGGGUGCUCGUGGGCGCCCUGGUGGGGCUCCUCUCAGUAGUUGAGAGUCACGUCCUUUAGUUCCCCAUGAUUUACAAUUUUGGAAGGGACACAAAGAGACAUAGACUGCCCCCAUCCCAGGUGAUUCCGAGUACGUAGUCUGCAGAUAAUACUUAGCAAAACGCAGUCUACAGACUCCUAAAGCAGCUUGUCUAGGAAGACCACGCACGUGGGCUUAUCACUACAGGUUCUGUGACUCGGGACCUUCUGAGAAAACAGCACUGCUGUGAAACAUCUUCCCUGAAGCCUGUGAUAAGUCUCCUUGUUAGCAUGACUCCAACUUCCUGCCAAUAAUCUUUGUCCUCUCUGUAGGAGAUGUUCUAGGGGAUGCCUUCCUUCCCUCCAUUUCACAAAGAGGCCAGACCUGAGGACUAAGUCAUUAGAUCUUAUCCCUUAGAAUUCUGUGUAUCAGCAUCUGCUAACCUCCACAACACACCCUGGCACAGGGUGGGGCUGAGGGCCCCAGGAAACAAAGAUUCCCAAAAGUGAGAGGGAUGAGUCAUUAUUUCCUAGAGAUGACUGUUGUUUUAGAGAACCUUGGUCCAACUCUGUUCUGACAAGGUUUUAGGAAGAUGGCAACAACAGUGGCAGCAGUGUACUUUUUGGAUCUUUCUCAUAAAAAAACAAAAGAGCAAGUAAGAGAGGGAAACCAAAUAUCCACAUGCAACAUCCGCAACAAAAAUAGUAUGUCAAGGUUUGACAUACUCCCAUGGACCCCAAAGUAUGAGCCAGUGAGAAUGAGUCAUCAAUACUUCAAGACCCAUAUACCAGCAUAUGUGCAGAAGGAUGCAGAAGGAAGCAAAGGGAUGUUGGAUGGACCUAAGAAGAGGAUAUCCCCAAGCUGUCUACAGAUCCUUACUGGAAAGUAUGGUGUACCAAUUUGAGAACAGCAGCUGAAACUGGGAGGGACCUAACAGUAUUUCCCAGGCCUCUUGCCCAUUCUGUAUGGUGAGCACAUAAUAGGUACUUAUUUAGUGUUUGUUGAAUGAAUAAAGUUCAAAUGACAUUUCCCUGGA